AUUAAUGUCGUCACUCGCUAUAUUCUUCACAUGUUUAAUUUCUUUAGCUAGCUUUCAGAUCAGACAUCCUAUAAAACACUCGAUCCUAGUAAUUCACAAUCCCAACCUGCUACUCAUACAAAUUAAAGGAGAUGGAGUUUGAGGAGGGCCAAAAACGACGCGAAGUCAUCAAAAUAGAAUCCAAACAAACCUGGGAUACCUUUCUGUAUCAUGCCAAAAAUCAAUCCCGUCCAAUUGUGAUACAUUUUACAGCUUCUUGGUGCAUACCUUCAGUAGCCAUGACUCCUGUUUUAGCAGAACUAGCCUUGAGCUACCAAAACAUCCUCUUUCUCUCUGUGGAUGUAGAUGAGGUCAAGGAGGUAGCGGCUAAGAUGGAAAUCAAGGCCAUGCCGACCUUCAUGUUUAUGAGGGAUGGAGUUGAGGUGGAUAAGCUUGUGGGAGCUAAUCCAGAGGAAAUCAAAAAGAGAAUUGCUGCAUUCAUCAUCAACCCUACUACUUAGUUCAUAAUUAAUUUUAACACAUUUUGUACAUACCUAGUUUAUUUAUGCAUGGUUUUAUGUUAGGAUGAUCAUCAUAACAUUGUGCUGAUUAUAUAUAAAUCCUUUUGAUUGUAAAGUAUAGUUUAAUGUAAUUGAUUAUUGAGGAUAUUAAUAUUUGUUA